UAAUUUUAACAGGUAGUUAGAAAACUACAGUUGCAGUAAGCUACAUAAGGUGCAUAGAAAUUUAACAAUCUCACUGGAUUAGUCCUAAUGUGAUCCUGACUGAACAACGUUUCACAGACACCUCUGCUGUUACCACAGACAUGAAGUUCUGUACAUUUGUAUGCUAUGACUGAUCCAGAUAACAGUCACAAAAAAGCUGUAAAUGUAUAUAAACUGGGAAAUAUAACUGAAAGCAAGCUGUCACCACUAGUAUUAAUAGAUCUUUUUUCUCCGCAGCAAUUUUGACAUGAAAUAGUAGGUUAACAUAGAUAGAUAGAUAGAUAGAUAGAUAGAUAGAUAGAUAGAUACUUUAUUAAUCCCAAGGGAAAAUUAAGUGUUCAGCAGCAAAUAUGGAUAAUAAUGCCUGUAUUUACCAGCUGUUUCUCUUCAAAAUGGUCUCUGAAAAGAGGUCUGCUGUCUGACAGGUGAACCUGAAUCAGGUUUUCCUCCUUAAGUGGACUCUGCAGGUAAUAAAGACAAACACUUGAACUUCUACGUCGGUGUGACACCAAUCAGAUGCACAUUAAUAAUUCAGCUGUGAACUCCAGUUCACUCAACAAUUACAUCUGCACGUAAUCAUCAUUAACGCUGUCUGAUAGGAGGCUGUGUCCCACGUGACCCGCUCUUUGUUUACAGACUCCACCUCUUCAAUGUGAACGCGCCUUAAGCCGAAUUAGAAAAUCCUGGGUUAACAAAGCUUGCUGAUAUACUGCUUCAUUACACCGCUUUUCUCCUCUCCGUUUCCGUCGCUUGGACACUAAUUGAUAAUGUGAGACGUGUCGCAGCAAACGGUCGCUUCGGUUCAGCUCGGUUUUCCUCCGUUUCGCGACCGCGUGUUACGAUUUGAUUACUAAAUCUAGCAUUGAAACAUCUCGGAUAACUGCGCGCACCCGCUCCGCCAGCGAGGGGAGAUCAGUCGCACGCCGAGACACCGAUCACAAACCAUGAAUUCAGACAGAGAUUUCCCGAUGAUGAGGAAGCAGGAGAGGGCGCAUUUUUUCAGCUCCAAAGAGCAAGAACUCAUUCUGAAGUUGUAUGAAGAGGAGAGAGAGAUACUGACAGCCAAAUCCAACACCACCAGUGCCUCCAAACUGAGAGAAGAAGCCUGGCAGAGAAUUGCUGAUAAAAUAAAUGAGGUGUCGGACAGCGGCUACAAAAGAACAUGGCAGCAAGUGAAAGUCAAACACAAGAACAUAGUGCAAACAGCUAAAAGAAGAAGGGCUGAGGUGAACAGGAACGAGGAGGGUUCGGCCACCCCGUCCCUGACCUCUGCUGAGGAGGAUGUGCUGCAUCACAAAGACAGCAGGCUGAAGGUGGAGGUCCUCCCCAGCGGUGCCUGUGUCGACCCAAUAACUGUAUCUGACAACUCCUUUAUGAGCGUGUCCGGUCAUCCUGUCCUCCUCCUGCCCAUAACAAAGACUGAACCGGAGAGCUUGAGCAGCGAUGAGACAGACGUUAGUGACAGCCAUUUUGAAGGGGAUGUGCACAUUAGCAGCUUCCAGGAGAGGCCUAACUCAGUCGGUGGUGCAGCUGGCGGUAGAGGUGCAGAGAGGCAGACGGACGACGUAAAGACCCUUUACUGCUGCUACCUCAAAAAGGAGAUCGAGAACCGGGACCAGGAGAUGGCGUACAGAGCGCUUAAAAUGAGGAAGCUGGAGAAAGAACUCUUAUUACUUGAUAAACAGCUGAUGUGAUUGUAAGAAAAACAGUCAUCUUUUUAUCCGUAUCGUUAUAAUAUGUUAAAACAACAUUUGUUGAAGGUCAGACAAUUGGAGUGAAUUCCUUCGGUCACGUGUUGUAUUGACUGAUUUGCGACUUUUACCACAGUGCUGCAGCAGCAGCAGCAGCAGCAGCAGCAUGUGUAGGAUGCGGUUAACCCUUUCAGCUGUGGUGGGACCAGGACCACAGCUGUAUUUUCAGAACAGGUUCAGUGAUUUACACUACUGUUCAAAAGUUUGGGGUCACUUAGAAAGAUCCUUAUUUUUUUUAAAGAAAAGCUUUUUUUUCCCCAGAUGAAGAUAAAAUUAAAUGAAUCAUAAAUCCAGUGUAGUCAUUGUUAAUGAGGUAAAUGACUAUUCUAUCUGGAAAUAUUUAAUGUAAUAUCUCCAUAGGGGUACAGAGGAACAUUUCCAGCAAUCAUCACUCCUGUGUUCUAAUGCUACAUUGUGUUAGCUAAUGGUGCUGAAAGACUAAUUGAUGAUUAGAAAAGCCUUGUGCAGUUAUGUUAGCACAUGAAUAAAAGUGUGAAAAUUGUCUGGUUGACCCCAAACUUUUGAACACUAGUGUAAGUAUUGCAUCAAUGGUCGUUAUUAAGCAUUCGGAAGUUAAAAAGCAUCAAAUCUUUGCUGGACAAAUCUCACUGUGGUCUAAUGAAUAAGACAAAAACACUUCUAACUUUCUCCCAAAUGUCUGUGAUCCAUAGAAGCUAACGUUGUUAAUUUUAGGCUUACAUUUGUGGCGCUGUUACUGACUGAAUAUGAUGAUUUCCGGUUAAGAUUUUGAAAAAUGUGCCUGUCGAACAUAAGCGGUUAACUGCAGUGGUGGGUAGUAAUGUUUGUAACAAUACUCAGAUUUUUGCAAUAUUGCAUCAUGCUAUAGUAAGUAAGCCAUUAGGGUAAUCCUCAGGCUGUGGAAGUGUUGAAAUCUUCCUAUACGUUGCCCAAAGAGCAUUUCAAUCCCUGCAUUGUGGAGGCAGUAGUUGCCCCAAAGCAGGCUUUGAGGCCCAGCGAGGGUUCAGAGUCACACAGAGGAUUCCUCUAUCACAUGGUGCACUGACACACUGCUGCUGCUGCUCUGUAUCCCAGCUCAAUGGAUUAGAAAGGAACGAAUGUCUUUAAUUUCAGAGCAUUUACAUCCACAUCGGAUGAACGUCCAGGAACUGUUUUACUCUUUUAUACAUGCACUACCGUUUAUAAGUUUGGGGUCACUUAGAAAGGUCCUUAUUUUUGAAAGAAAAACAUCAUUUUUCAAUGAAGAUAACAUCAAAUUGAUCAAAAAUCCAGUCUAGACAUUGUCAGUGUGGUAAAUGACUACUCUAGCUGGAAAUUUUUAAUGGAAUAUCACUCCUGUGUUCUAAUGCUACAUUGUGUUAGCUAAUGGUGCUGAAAGGCUAAUUGCUAAUUGGUUAUUAGAAACCCCUUGUGAAGUGAUGUUAGCACAUAAAUAGAAUUGUGAAAGUUCAUGAAAUUGUCUGGUUGACCCCAAACUUUUGAACACUAGUGUAUUUGUGCAGUUUUAGGAGACAUUAAUCUGAUGAGUUCGAUGAAUAACGGUGACAUUUCUAGGAAUGUUUCUCGUCUGAGCAGAUCCUCUGCAUCCUCAGAAACCCCUCUGGCUUCUUAAAUCCAUACGAUGACAAAAGCAGCUAUUUUGUCCGGUUGAGUUUUGCGGUUUAGUGUCAACAUGAAAGGCUGCUUUUGGAAAAUUGUUUCUUCUACAUGGUGAUUGCAGGGCAUAAGGAGCUGACUGUCAGUGUUACAAAAGUUUGAACAGCUUUGGAAAUACUCAUUAGACCUCCUGUUUUCUUCACUACAUCUACACUACAGCCUUUUAACGCAAAAAUUAUGUUUGAAUUUCAUCAUAGUGCAUCUUCUAGGUGACAUGAUUAUGAUAUUUACGUACAUGCAGUAUCCAAACUGAAUUAUCGCUCACCAGUGCCUAAAAGAAGAGAUGAUGCAGCCCUGGUGCUUAACAGAGGGAAGCAGUGAGUUAACUGGUCUGGGAUCAGCCACACAGCUGUUCAUUGUAAGAUAAACAAGAAAACACAGUGUGGCCACCAAGAACUACGAAGGAAGAGUCAGAAAACAGUGAUCACAGUAGUGUAAUAAUUAUUUCCAAAGCUGUAGGUGAUAUUUUUAGCUCAUAUUUCCCACACAAUCAGCUUUUCAGUCCUUUUCAUUUGUUUGCAAAGAUUGGGGUGAAAAUCAUCAUGUGUGAAGCGAUCUUACUUUGUCUCUUUUGAAUUAUGUAAAACCAGCUGUCUGUCAGAUGUAAAACAAAACAAAAACUUAGUGUUGCUUCUACAUAUUUUAUUUUUUAAUAUCUAUUUAUGAAUUACACAUCUUAGUUGUAGUUUCAUCCAUUUUUUGUGAUUUUUUCCCCCAUGUUGUUGUGUUUGACUCUGUAUUUAUUCAUAGUUUUUGUAUGAACCCACUACAACCCAGAACGCUUUUGGUUUUUAAAUGGAAACAGUUUGUUCAGUAUCUGACAUGUUGUGCAUAAACUGCUGAAUGAGGACUUAAACAGUCCAAGAAUACAUGAUAUUAAAACUCCUUUGCAAUGAUUGUGACGUUGAUUAAAGAUGAGUUUGGUACAAAGGUC